UGGAAGAGGGGAGGAACCUGUGGCAGGAGACAUUACGGCGUGGACGCAGCUGCAGCCAGUGUCCUCUUAUCCCUCGGACACGACAGGCGAGGGAUUCAGAGCCAGACGGUUGUUGGACUGAAGGAGGAAAGUCCUCUAGCCAGGAUGAACUUUGCCGCCCAGUUAUUCUACUCAGGCUACCUGAGCGAGCGACUCGAGCGACUGUACUCCCCCAGACCUGCACUCAAAGACAGCGAGGAGAAUGACCCCUUCUGGCAGAGAGAGGAGCUGCGUUUGGGCCCCAGUCUGCCCGGCUGCUCUUACAAAUUUGGCUCCGUCUGCAAUGGCACCGCAGGCCGCAGACCCACCCUCAUCGAACCGGAGCGCCUGAAGGACUUCGGUGAGGAGGAACUUCUCAACGGGGAUGUGAGGGUCCAUGACCUCAAAGUGGUGGGGAGUCCCGAGAUCAAGCUGAUGGAACCCCCGAAAACCAGACGACUCAGCGAGUUCAGGACCGUCCCCAGACCCCCUAUUCUGUACCUCCGGUUUGAGGAUAUCAGCGCAGCAGCUUUCAGGAUCCAGUCAGGGAUCCAGAAGACGCCAUGCACAUACUCCAGACUCUCCAAACAGUAUGGGAUGGAGAUCUACCUGAAGAAGGAGCACCUGCACUACACGGGCUCGGUGAAGGAGAGAGGAGUGCUGUACCUGCUCGCCUCCCUCACGCAGGAGCAGCAGAGGAAGGGGGUCAUCGUGGCCACUGACUGUAACUUCUCCAUGGCCGUGGCCCACCACGCCGUGGAGCUGAAGAUCCCGGUGUUUGUCAUCAUGCCGUCGUGCUGCUCCUCGCCUCGUCUCAGGAUCUACAGAGACUACGGCGCCAUGGUGAUCUCUUACGGCAGCACGGGACGCGACUCCCGGAAACACGCCAGCCACCUGGCCAAAGAGAAUGGAUACCUCUACCUGGAAGAAGAUGAAAGUGAAGCGUACCUGGCAGGACUGGGCACUGUGGGCAUGGAGAUCUAUGAGCAGGUGCCCAAACUGGAUGCAGUGGUUGUUCCUGCUGCAGGACAGUACGGCCUUCUGGCUGGAACAGCUGCAGCCAUCAAACAUCUUAACUCACGGACUCUAGUCAUAGGAAUUGAACCGGAAGGCUUCCCUCUGCUUCUACAAUCUCUGAAAACAGACAGUCCGGUCAAAGACAUGCACAGCAACCCCAAUCAGAAGCUGUACGGAGAUCUUAUGGAGCGUUCGCUUGGUUGUAACACCUUCCAGCUGGCAAAGAAGCUGGUGGAUAGAGUCAUCUCCGUCAGAGAGGAGGACUGUCUGGUAGCAAUGCUGCGGUUUCAGGAGUUUGAACGCUCCACUGUGGACACAGAAGGAGCCAUGGGACUCGCUGCCAUCCUGGCCGGACAACUACCCGAGCUGAAGGGCAAAAGGGUUGCCGUGGUGGUGAGCAGCGCUAACAUGGAGCUGGAGCUGGUGAGGCAGUGCGUGGACAGAGCCCUGGUGCUGGACGAACGGGUCAGUAAAUUCUCCGUGCAGCUGGGAGAGUGGCCUGGAGACAUGGCCAGGCUGCUGGACAUCCUGUCCAGAGAGGACGUCAGGUUGUUGGACGUCUGCCAUCGGAAACACAGUGACAAGUCAGACCUCUUCAAGGCGAAGGUGGAGUGUGUGGUGGAAACCAGAGAUAAGACACAGAGCGCUCAGCUGCGGAAGAUGCUGAGCGAGCGCUACCCUUCUAUAUGCUGGCUGGACCGGUGAUCAGGGCAACACAAACUACACGCCACAAACACAUCCUGUAAGCUAUACUCCUCCUGUGACACACGAGCUCUGUUCUAUAAACUCAUUACGACGAUGCUUGUUCAGCAAGUGUAUGCAGAGAAGCCUGGAAGUUCUAGAGCAAAUGAUAUUUACUUGUGUUACUCACGCUGCUAUUGUUCUUGUUCAUCAUGGCACCCCUAAUUACAGUGUAGUGGCUAGACUGCACCCAGAGGAUGAACCUAGUUCUCUGCAGAGCAUGAAUCAUACCCUCUGCAUUAGCUGCAGCUCGGACUGUACAGAUAGACGCUUACUCCUCCUGCACUCACCCCCAGUCCCUAUCAUUAAAAGGUUUAUUUUUCAACGGAUACUGUUUUUAAAAUGCUGUAUAUAUUUCUGUAUUUAUACCAUCAAAGGUUGUAGAGUCAAUCCGAGUAAAUCCGAAUAAAGCUGGACGUAUGAGCCA